AUGUCUGCCCCAAUUAAGAACGUCGUACUAGCAGGUGCGAAUGGUUUCCUUGGACGUGUACUACUCGACGUCCUGCUCAAGUCAAAUCUUUUCCAGCUCACCGUUCUCACUCGCAUCGGGUCUGGUCACCAGUUCCCCGCAAACGUCGUAGUGAAGACAGUCGACUACGAGUCAGUCCCCAGCAUCGAAGCCGCUCUCCGCGGUCAGGAUGCUCUUGUUUCCGCCCUGGCAUUCGGCGCCAUCCAUGUCCAGAGAAACGUGGUUGACGCAGCCUUCAACGCUGGCAUUCGAAGGAUGAUUCCUUCUGAAUACGGCAAUGACACCAAGAACCCCAAGCUGGCUGCCUUCCCCAUCUAUCAGCCCAAGAUCGCUAUCCGGAAGUAUCUGGACGAGAAGGUUGCACAGAAACCUUCGUUUUCUUACACAAUCAUUAUGAAUGUCUCGUUCCUGGCCCCUGGAUACGCGCUGAACUUUCUUGUCGACGUUGAGAAGAAGAAGGCUCUCAUUAAGGACGGCGGUGAUAUCCUGUUCAACGCAACCACGAUGCCGCACAUCGGACAAGCAGUCAUCGGAAUCUUGACACAUCUGGAGGAAACGGCAAACCGUCCUGUCAAGAUCAGCAGCGUUGAGACGACGCAAAACGAGAUUUUGCAGAUUGCAAAGACUGUUGAUCCAACUGCGGAGUGGGAUAUCAAGCAUUGUCGAACUGAGGAUCUGGAGAAGACUGCCCUUGAACGAUGGGCAGAGGGCGAUCACAGCGAGGAGGUAGUUGAGAUGUUCAUCAACCGUGCGUUUCUGGGCAAAGGAUGGGGCGGCUACUUCCCGGAGACGGACAACAAGUUGCUGGGAAUUGAGCCGAUAGGUAGGGAAGGGCUGGAAAAGAUCAUUAGGGCUGCCAUGAAAGGUUGA